AUGACAUCGUUCAAGUUAAAACUUCUUUUGCUGCUUCCUCUUCUUAUCAUUGAAUAUCCGCGACGAGUAACUAGUGAAUGUCCACAAGCGUUUCCCAGCGGUGAUGUCUCGAGUCUUUGUUAUAUUUACAAAAGAAAUGCGCUGUCGUGGACGGAUGCGUAUAAUCAAUGUUUAGCUAAAACAGUCGACGGAGUACUAAUUCAAGUUUUUUCAGCCAAACAGUUUGAUGCACUGAAAACGGGAGAUAUCAGUAGCAAGGGAUAUUUCUGGCUUGGCGCAAACAAUUUUGCAUCAUUUCGCGAUUCUCAAUGGCAUUGGCUAGAUGGAUCAGUUGUCGAUAAAUCAGUUGUUACAUGGUGUCCAAAUAGUACUUAUGAUACGGCCAUCGGAACGUAUUGUGCAGCCUAUGAUAGCGCUUCGCAAUGUAUUACUAAUUUCCUGUGUAACACGCUAUUACCAGCGCCAUGUGUUGCGGUGACAAAUGUAGUUAAAACCGAAUCCAGAAGUGUUCUGACUGCUCGAUUAAGUUCGACUGGUACAUGUACGAAUUCCUAUGGAGGUGCUUAUGCAAACUGGUGGACUUAUACAUUAUUGUUGCUCAAUUGGUUCAUUUUAUUCUGUUUUAUACUGUAUUUAAGUGUUCGGUUUGAUAUCAAUAAACGUACGGUUAUAUUAACAAUGAUCAUUGGUGUUUUAUCAUUUAUGAUGAUUAUCGCCUUUGCCAUUCUUUGGGGUGUACAAUAUCAAGAUAUUUUGCAAAUUCCACUUAUAGUGGUGAUACUUGGCUGUAUCGCUAGUUUACUUUUUCUAUUUCACAUUCUAAUUCUGAUUUGGAAUCGUCGAUCAGUACAAAGAUCCCUCGCGUGUGUUAUUGUGACAAUCAUUACAAUCGUCAUCGAAUGUGGCCUGACGAUCGGCAUAAUCAUUUGUAUUGCCAGUUGUUCGAACUAUAUCUCAUUGGCAUACUCAUCAGUGGAUAAAGAUAUUAUUGCAUCACUCCUAGCUGGUAUUAUGACUGCUAUAUCAAUCGCCUUCUAUACCGGACUUCUUUACUUUAUGGGUGAGUCGAUUUGUUGUUGUUAUAGUGUUGAAGCACACAUCAAUAUUUUCGAUUUUAUUCCAGGUGAUCCAGGCUCUGAUCGUAUCAUUAGUAUUCGAACUACUCCAAACACUUUAGCGCCAACACCUGGACCACAACAAGUUGUAACUCGUCGUCCCCAGCGUAAUAACGAAAUUCAGCCCGGUGAUGUUACUGGACAUCCGAAAAAAUAUGAACAGAUCGAUCGAGCAACAUCGCCUGUUGAUGAACGAAUACUUGAAGAAUUCUAUGCUGAUCGUCCUAAAGACAUGCAUCAGUACCAUUUAGAAGGACGGCAAUACGUUGUUUACGAAGGAAAGACUUUUUCGGAUGUCGAGCCAGUGCGAAAAGACUUAACUCAAGCGAUGUUGUUACAAGAACGGCGAGGCUUACGUGAAGCAAUUGCUUGUGCCAAAAGCUCACCUCAUGCAUCAACACUGGCGGAUGAAAUUCGUCAAGCAGAAGAUUUACUCAAUCGAUUGAAAUAG